UCAGUGCUGCGCCGGCUGCUCCCAGAGGCAGUCCCACAUUUUCAUCGCGGAAAAACACCAAAGCGCAGCGCGUGCGCCCACAAAGUUAAAUUCAUUCCUCCCGUAGCAUUUUCUUGCUUAAAAUCGCGCGCAGAUAGUUUGUUUGUCUUAAUUUAAUUGCAAAGAAACGUUUUCGUACAGAUUUAAAUAAAAUACACAAAGAAAAAGUAAUUGAAAACGUUGAAAAGAAAUGCGAAAAUUUGCAUAGCCAAUUUGAAGCGACGCUCAGCAUCAGCAUCAAGGGAGCAUCCUUCAGAGGGUCCCUGUGUGUGUGUGUGUGUGUACAUGUGUACAUGAGCAUGUGUGCAUGAGCAUGUGUGUGUGCUCCGCCCUCAAUGCCGCAAAAAUUCCACAGAAUAUUUAUACUUAGUGCAAAUUAAAUGAAAGUGGAAUCGACAAAAGUGAAAUGUGGCUAUUAUUAUGAUCGAAACGUGUUUAUUUAUUUAUCGUUUUGGCCUUGAUGCAUAAUUUUCUCCAAAAUCAAUUAAAAAUGCAGAGCAAUUAAGGACAUGUGAUUUUGAGAACAGCCAUAAGAGCAAAAACAACAAAAGGCCUCAAGCUUUUAUUCCUUUUUAAGUUUCCUUUUGUUCUGAAGUUCACUCUCUCCCUGAGUGUCCGUGUGCGUGUGUGCGUGCAUGUGUGAGGGUGUGCCUGUGUGUGUGUGGGCAGCCAAUGUUUGCCAAUGUGCCAAUAAAACGCGCCACGGCAACAGCAACAACAAGAACAACAAAAGCAGCAGCAGCAGAGGGAACAGCAGCGACACCCAAGAAGUCACUGGUCGAUUGUCAAUUAAAUGGCAAAGGCACGCAGAAAACGCUUCCGUUUGAGGUGCCCACAGCAAACAGUUAAAAAGGAAGUGGACGAGCUGUCACAGCCUGCAAAUGGGAGCAGUUAAUCGGGCUAAGAACAACCACACGAUGGAUAAACGUUCACUGUGUUGCCUCAUCAUCUGUGUGAAUCUGUGCUUUGUCAUCUGGCUGGUGAGCGUGCAACAAUUGGAGGCAACUGAUGAUGGAGGAGCAUCGUCAUCGGCAUCCUCAGCGUUGAUUGCGUCAACACAACUGCAACAGCAACAGCAAGAAGCCCAAUCGAGUGCCAAUGGCAGUAGUAAACCAAACCAAAUACACGACCCUAGUCGCACUCAGCAACUUAGUAGCAACCUAAGUAGUUAUUAUUAUUAUAGCCCUAGCCUAGUUAGUCUAGACAAAGCGGCCACGCCCGCUCCAAUGCCCACAAUCGCCAGUCGACUCUCGCUACCAUCAUCGCCAUCAACAUCAUCAUCGUCAUCAUCAUCAGCGGAUGACAGUCAAUUGAUUGAUCUGCAUAACUUUGCAUAUACAAUGGGUCAGCCAUCAUGUGAGGCACACAUCCAAGCACUCAUCCUGGUCCACACGGCACCUCGGAACGCAGAGAAGCGUACACUGAUCCGCCAGACGUGGGGAAGUCGUCCCAUGACGAAUGCCAAUUCACCAUUGCGUGUUGUUUUUCUGCUGGGAGCUGUUAACCAAACGGAGCAUCAACUGCAGCAUUCUCUGUCGCUGGAGAAUGUGCGACAUGGCGAUAUGGUGCAGGGCAACUUUCGGGAUGCCUAUCGCAACAUGACCUACAAACAUGUGAUGGCUCUCAAAUGGUUCAACAGCAAUUGCCCAAAUGCCCAGCUGCUCAUCAAGGUGGACGAUGAUGUCUAUGUGAAUACGCCGCAGUUGAUAAAGCUGCUCCGUGAUUCCCCGACAAAUUCGAAUCUAACCAUGUCGUCGUCGACGCCAGCGACGCCUUCGUUGCGUUCAUUGUUGCAACAACGUCACGAGCUGCUCUUCUGUCGCCCCGUGUUGGCGACGCGUGUGAAGCGCUCUUAUCGCUCCAAGUGGCGUGUCAGCUUUCGCGAGUUUCCCGCCCAUUAUUAUCCGCCGUAUUGUCCCGGCUUUGCAAUUGUCUACUCGUCGGAUGUGGUGCAGCGCCUCUAUCAGGCGGCUCAGCAUGCUGGCUACUUCUGGGUGGAUGAUGUGCACAUUACCGGAGUGCUGGCACAGCAAACAAACACAACGAUCACGAAUCUGCAGCCGUAUGUGCUCUAUAGGCUGGAAUGCGAGCGUCUGUUGAGCGGGAAGAGCGAUCUCGAGCAGCAGGAGUUUCUCUUCACGUGGCAUAGCAUUGCGCCGGAGCAGAUAAGCGCACUGUGGCAGCUGCAUGUGGCACAGAACUAUACGCUGACACAGCGUAACGUUCAGCUGGACACGGAUAUGGACACGGAUUCGGAAUUUAGCUAGUUUAUGGGUUAAAGCUUAGGAUUUCAGUUGUACAAAUGGAAGAGACGAGUCGUCGUUUAGUUUAAGUUUAUUAUUUUAUACUUUUGGCUGUUUUGCUAUUAAUUUAGUUGUUAAUCUGUAGACUAGUUAUUAAACUAUUAGUUAGCAUUUUGUCAGUUGAAACAAAGAAGAGAAAAACAAGAAAAACAUUGCAAGUCAAGUGAACCACCAACCACCUGCCUACAAUCAUUCGUAUCAUUAAUGAUAGCAUAACUGAAGCAUAACGAUAAAUACAUGACUUACGAUAACGAUUAAUGAUUAACGAUAGUCAUACAUUCAAGCCUCUCUGGGUGAUACACACAUUCGUAUAUGAACAUAAAGAUUUAAGCACAACUCUUAACUCCUAAGCCAACAAUAGUUAUAACAAUAGUAAGCAACAACAAGAAGAACAAUUAAUUUCAAAACGUCUUUUCGCCACUGUAAGCAAAUGAAAGCAAACUCAUUUCAAAAUCGAUGCGAUUAUUUGUAAAACUAGCAAACAUGAUGUAUAACAAAAAUGUUUAGUCUGAACUAAUAUAAAUUAAUUGAUAUUGAAAUUGAAAUUGUGCAAACCGAGUGUUAUGCAAUAUGAUAAAUCUGUUGGGGAACUUAGUAAAUCAAAUAUUUCGCAUAAAGAUGAAAAUAAUCAAUAAUCUAUUUUGUAUUUUUGUCUAUAGAAAAUAUCUAUUUACGUUUUAUUGAAACUGCAUGAAAAUAUUAGUCUAAUUGACAUUGUAUACAUGGAGCAAACAAAGAAAGACAGAUUAAAAAGAGGGAACAUUAAUGCCAGGAACGUUAACAGAAAUAUCAAAAAA